CGGCAGCGGCGCGGGAUGGGACCGAGAGCGGCGGCGGCGGCGGCGGCGCUGGCCGUGGCCGUGGUGCUGGGAGCCUGGUGCGGCCGCGGCCGCGGCGAGAUUUGCAGGAGCAUGGACAUCCGAAACAACCUGACCAGGCUGAACAUGCUGGAGAACUGCACCGUGAUCGAGGGCCACUUGCAGAUCCUGCUGAUGUUCAAAACCAAACCUGAGGAUUUCCGCGAGCUCAGCUUCCCCAAGCUGACCAUGAUCACAGAUUACCUGCUGCUGUUCCGUGUCUAUGGCCUGGAGAGCCUGAAGGGCCUCUUCCCCAACCUCACUGUGAUCAGAGGGACUCACCUGUUCUUCAACUACGCCCUGGUGAUCUUUGAGAUGGUUCACCUGAAGGAAAUUGGCCUCUACAACCUGAUGAACAUCACCCGGGGCGCCGUGCGCAUCGAGAAGAACAACGAGCUCUGCUACCUGUCCACCAUCGACUGGUCCAGGAUUUUGGAUUCUGUAGAGGACAAUUACAUCGUGGCCAACAAGGAUGACAAAGAGGAGUGUGGAGAUGUGUGCCCAGGCACUGUGAAAGGGAAGAGCAACUGUCCCCCCACGGUGAUAAAUGGGAUUUUCAUCGAGCGCUGCUGGACGCACGAUCGCUGCCAGAGAGUGUGUCCCGCUGCCUGCAAGUCCCAGGGCUGCACGGGGGACGGGCAGUGCUGCCACAGCGAGUGCCUGGGCGACUGCACGGAGCCCAACGACCCCACCAGGUGUGUGGCCUGCAAAAACUUCUACCUGGAUGGGAGGUGUGUGGAGAACUGUCCCCCUGGGCACUACCGCUUCGAGGGCUGGCGCUGCGUCACCUUCAGCUUCUGCCAGGAGCUGCACAACAAGUGCAAGAACGCCCGCGAGUCCGGCUGCCACGUCAUCCACAACAACGAGUGCGUGCACGAGUGCCCCUCAGGGUACAUCAUGAACUCCAGCAACCUGCACUGCACACCCUGUGCAGGGCCCUGCCCCAAGGUGUGUGACUUUGGCAAGGAGAAGACCAUCGACUCGGUGACAUCGGCGCAGGAGCUGCGGGGCUGCACCGUGGUCAACGGCAGCCUGGUCAUCAACAUCCGCGGGGGAAAUAACAUAGCAGCUGAGCUGGAAGCAAACCUUGGCUUGAUAGAAGAAAUCUCAGGUUACCUAAAAAUCCGCCGCUCUUACGCCUUGGUUUCCCUUUCCUUUUUUCGGAAGCUCCAUCUGAUCAGAGGAGAGACACUUGAAGCUGGGAAUUAUUCCUUUUAUGCCUUGGACAACCAGAAUCUUCGCCAGCUCUGGGACUGGAGCAAACACAACCUCACUAUUGCACGGGGCAAACUCUUCUUCCACUACAACCCCAAGCUGUGCUUGUCAGAAAUCCACAAGAUGGAGGAGAUCUCUGGGACUAAGGGGCGUCAGGAGAGGAAUGACAUAGCCCUGAAGACCAACGGGGAUCAGGCCUCAUGUGAAAACGAACUGCUGAAAUUUUCUUCCAUUAGGACUUCUCAUGACAAGAUCCUGCUGAAGUGGGAGCCCUACUGGCCCCCUGAUUUCCGUGACCUGCUGGGGUUUAUGCUGUUCUACAAGGAGGCUCCCUACCAGAACGUGACGGAGUUCGAUGGCCAGGACGCCUGUGGCUCCAACAGCUGGACAGUUGUGGAUGUGGAUCCCCCACCACGCUCCAACGAGCCCAAAGCCCAGGCCCAGCCAGGCUGGCUCCUGAGGGGCCUGAAGCCCUGGACACAGUAUGCAGUGUUUGUGAAAACCUUGGUCACCUUCUCCGACGAGCGACGCACGUAUGGCGCCAAGAGCGAGAUCAUCUACGUGCAGACCAAUGCCACGGUUCCGUCGGUCCCGUUGGAUCCCAUCUCUGUCUCCAACUCCUCAUCCCAAAUCAUCCUCAAGUGGAAGCCUCCCUCAGAGCCCAACGGGAACAUCACACACUACCUGGUGUACUGGCAGCAGCAGGCAGAGGACAGUGAGCUCUAUGAACUCGAUUACUGCCUCAAAGGAUUAAAGCUGCCCUCAAGGACCUGGUCUCCUCCUUUUGAAUCUGAAGACCCCCAGAAGUAUAACCAGAGUGAAGCUGAGGAUGUCAGUGGGGAAUGUUGCUCCUGUCCUAAAACAGACUCUCAGAUCCAGAAGGAGCUGGAGGAAUCUGCUUUCCGCAAGACCUUCGAGAAUUAUCUCCACAAUGAGGUUUUUGUGCCCAGGCCGUCGAGAAAACGCAGAGACCUGGGCUCCGUGGCCAACGCCACCGUGGUGUUCCCCACCAUCCCAACCUCCCCCAACAACUCAGCAGCUGAGGGUGCAGAGGAGCAGAAACCCUUUGAGAAGGUGCUGUCCAAGGAGUCGCUGGUGAUCUCGGGGCUGCGCCACUUCACCGGGUACCGCAUCGAGCUGCACGCCUGCAACCACGACGCCCAGGAGUCCCGCUGCAGCGUGGCAGCCUAUGUCAGUGCCAGGACCAUGCCAGAAGCUAAGGCUGAUGACAUCGUUGGCCAAGUGUCCCAUGAGCUGGUGGAGAAGAACACAGUGCACCUGAAGUGGCAGGAGCCAAAGGAGCCCAACGGCCUCAUCGUGCUCUACGAGGUGAACUACGGGCGCCUUGGGGACACCGAGGAGGCCCAUUUCUGCGUGUCCCGCAAGCACUUUGCCAGCGAGGGCGGGCCUUGCAGGCUGCGGGGGCUGCAGCCGGGCAACUACAGCGUUAGGAUCAGAGCCACCUCCCUGGCGGGCAACGGCUCCUGGACAGAGCCCACCUACUUCUACGUGGCUGAUUACUGUGACCCAAAUAUUGCUGUUAUCAUUGUUCCUAUUAUUUUUUGCCAUAAUAAUUGCUGGGAUUAUUGAGCUGCUUAUGUGCUUGUGAAAAAGAGACAAACUGAAGGACCAACAGGACCCCUGUAUGCAUCCUCCAACCCUGAGUACAUCAGUGCCAGUGAUGUUUAUGUCCCUGACGAGUGGGAGGUGCCUCGGGACAAGAUCACGCUGCUGCGGGAGCUGGGCCAGGGCUCCUUUGGGAUGGUGUACGAGGGCAUCGCCAAGGACAUCGUCAAGGGAGAGCCCGAGACGCGCGUGGCCGUCAAGACGGUGAACGAGUGCAGCCUGCGCGAGCGCAUCGAGUUCCUCAACGAGGCCUCCGUGAUGAAAGGCUUCAGCUGCCAUCAUGUGGUUCGCCUCCUGGGAGUGGUCUCCAAGGGACAGCCUACUCUGGUGGUCAUGGAGCUGAUGGCACAUGGGGAUCUCAAAAGUUACCUGCGCUCUUUGAGACCCGAAGCUGAGAAUAACCCCGGGCGGCCGCCCCCGACGCUGAGGGAGAUGAUCCAGAUGGCGGCGGAGAUCGCCGACGGCAUGGCCUACCUGAACGCCAAGAAGUUCGUGCACAGGGACCUGGCAGCUCGCAACUGCAUGGUGGCAGAGGACUUCACUGUGAAAAUAGGGGACUUUGGGAUGACCAGGGACAUCUACGAGACGGAUUAUUACCGCAAGGGGGGCAAGGGGCUGCUGCCCGUGCGCUGGAUGGCCCCUGAGUCGCUCAAGGACGGGGUGUUCACCACCUACUCCGACGUGUGGUCAUUUGGUGUUGUCCUUUGGGAAAUAAGCAGCUUGGCAGAGCAGCCGUACCAGGGACUCUCCAACGAGCAGGUGCUGAAGUUUGUCAUGGAUGGAGGAUACCUGGAUCAGCCAGACAACUGCCCAGAGAGGCUGCACAGCCUGAUGCAGAUGUGCUGGCAGUACAACCCCAAGAUGCGCCCCACCUUCAUCGAGAUCAUCGAGAUGCUGAAGGAGGACUUGCACCCCAGCUUCCAUGAGGUCUCCUUCUUCUACAGCGAGGAGAACAAACCUCUGGAGACCGAGGAGUACGAGAUGGACUUCGAGAACAUGGAGAGCAUUCCCCUCGACCCCUCCUCGUACUCCCAGAGGGACAAAGCGCUGGGGAGGGACAAUGGACCCUCCAUGGCCCUCAAGGGCAACUACGAGGAGCACAUCCCUUACACUCACAUGAACGGUGGCAAGAAAAACGGGCGGAUUCUCUCCAUGCCCAGGUCAAGUCCUUCCUAACACUUCCUGUUUGGCCCAAGGGUUGUGUCUGCUUUUUUCCCCUCCCUCCACAAAUCUCAGGACUCUUGUUAUUGCUGCCACAGUGUAUGACACACAUCUACAAACUCUUCAGAUUUUUAAUCAUCUUACAAUGAAUUUUUUUUUUUUUUUUUUUUUGCCAAGUUGACUGGUUGUCAGUGGACUUAUCUGUGAACAUAAAUGGAAGAGGUUUCCAUGGCUGCUGUCCCUUCUGUAACCAUGGUUUCACAACAGGAAGUGACCGUGUGAGUUCAACUGAAGGAGAAGCGUCCGCGUUUGCCAGCAGAAGACGUGAAGUUCUCUGGUGCCUGAGCUCCAGCCCAGCAGCGCGGAACAAGAGAUUUCCAGUAGAAUUCCAGGCUUUUCAGGCAGCCUCUCCACUACAGCUGAAGGAUUCAGCACAUCAGUCAGAUCCUCAGAUUGACCAAUAGCUGCUGCUUUCAUACUUUGUUUUUUUUUCAAGGGGUGGAGGCCCCGGGGUGCGUGCGUGGGCGUGUGUGUGUGCGUGUGUGCAGUAUCAACAUGUGGGGUGUACCCGAUAGCAAAAGAGACAUUUCUGGUUUUGUACACAACUUACAGCGCUUUCAGGCACAUGGUGGGAUUCUUGGGGUGUCCUGCACAGGGCCAGGAGUUGGAUUUGAUGAUCCUGGUGGGUCCUUUCCAACUCAGCAUACUCUAUGAUUCUCUGUUCUCACAGGAGCUUUCCUCUUCUUGGAAGUGUGUACUUAUCUUUUUUCCCCAUUUCCCUGGAGGGACUGAAUCCUAAACAGAUUAUUUUUAUACUGAGGACUCUUGAGAGCAGGUUUUCUCUCAUUAACAAAUGAGGAAAACGUGCUGGGAGCUAAAUGAGCAGAACUCUGAGAUUUGUGGGUACUUUCAAGACCAAACGAAGUAGGAGUCCCCUGACCUGAGACACGGAGUUUUCUGUCCUUGCAACAUUGAGUAUAUAUAUUGUUUGUUGUAACAUAUUUAAAGAUGUCUUUAGUUUAAAUUUUAACUUCAUAUAAAUUAUUGACUGUUUAUGAUCCUUUUGGGGCGGGGAGAGUUUUUGGGGGAUUGUUUGGUCUUAAAGUGGUCCAAAGAUUUCAGAAUGAACUAAUUUUAGCCUUGCAGGAGCGAUGAAGCACAUGUUCAGUUCAGACUUGACAAGGCUUUGUAAUAGUUUCAUGAUUUAUACAACACAGUCAGCUGGCUCCAGUCGAAGCCCCAUCUUGGGUGUUGGGAGCUGAAGGACACAGAACAUCCUGGCCUUGAGUCCUGCUCCUCCUCUGCCCCCGUGUCCCUCGCUUUGCCUUCGUGCCGCAGCUGCAGCCGGCGAGAGAGGACGAGCACGAGCUGGAGCUGA